CGCUGCUGCCUUUGCCAUCCCAGCCCCAGCGAGGGAGCGAUCGGACUCGUGCGGGGGCUCCUUGGCUUGUCCCCGCCAGCCAGGAUGAAGAUGUGGCUCGUGGCUGGCCUGCUGCUGCUCCUCAGGGCUGAAGGCGCAGAGGCGCUGGCCGAACCCGAGCUGUGCUACGUCCUGGACGCCGUCCUGUUCACCUACGGCAUCAUCCUCACAGUACUCUACUGCCGCCUGAAGCUCCAGGUUCGAAAAGCAUCAAAAGCCGUCCCCAGCGCAGCCUAUAGCCAGAAAGAAGAAGGGAUCUAUACCGGGCUCAGCACUCAGAACCAGGAGACCUACGAAACCCUCCAGACCAAGCCCAAUUAGGAGCCCCAGGCGCAGCCUCUGCUGAAGGAGGUUGAAGGCGGAGCAGGUGUCCCAAGAGUGAUUUAUAUGAGUUCCUCCCCAGUCCCAGCAAAGAAACAACUUUGUUGAAACCAGUGGUUCCCAGUUGCCCCCACAUGCUGAAGUGUUGGGGGUGGGGGUGUUGUGCCCCUGCUCGUUUACAUGGUAGACAUCCCCCCCCCAGCUGUACAUUGCUCCGAGAUGCUACAGGAUCAGCCUUUCCUAUCCCACCUCUCUCGUGUUUCUGGUGCUGAAGACCUGUAGAUGUUCUUCCCCUUGUGCCUGUCACCAAUGCCGCACAGCGAGUCUCUGGUGAGACAAAGGUGGGGUUCCAUGCACGGUUCCCUCCAGCAGCAAAGCACCUUGUCUACCCUCUACAGCCAAGAACUAUAAUGCAAACAUCUAACCCCCCUGAGCAUCUCUUGGAAACCCCUGGACCAAUGGAGCAUCAUAGAAUUGUAGGACUGGAAGGGACCUCGAGAGGUCAUCUAGUCCAGUCCCCUGCACUCAUGGCAGGACUAAGUAUUAUCUAGACCAUCCCUGACAGGUGUUUGUCUAACCUGCUCUUAAAAAUCUCCAAUGAUGGAGAUUCCACCACCUCCCUAGGCAAUUUAUUCCAGUACUUAACUACCCUGACAGGAAAUUUUUCCUAAUGUCCAACCUAAACCACCCUUGCUGCAAUUUAAGCCCAUUGCAUCCUUGUCCUGUCCUCAAAGGUUAAAGGAGAACAAUUUAACCUCCAUCCUCCUUGUAAAAACCUUUUAUAUACUUGAAAACUGUUAUGUCCCCUCUCAGUCUUCAAUUCUCCAGACUAAACAAGCCCAAUUUUUUCAAUCUUCCCUCAUAGGUCAUGUUUUCUACACAUUUAAUCAUUUUUGUUGCUCUUCUCUGGACUUUCUCCAAUUUGUCCACAUCCUUCCUGAAAUGUGGUGCCCAGAACUGGACACAAUACUCCAGCCGCCUAAUCAGCGCAGAGUAGAGCGGAAGAAUUACUUCUCGCUUGCUCCCUGAUAAUGAUAGUGUCUGUCCUGGGGAGCAGGGAAUAUUCCCUUAUCUGUGCUUGUAAGUCACUGGCUUUGGUCGCCUUGAUGACUUUGCCUUGGUGCACAGAGUUGGCCCACACCACAGCGUCUGUGCUGUCGCAGACAGAGACUUAAUACAAUGCCGGCUCCCUGCUCCAUGUCUGCCACAUGGCCAAUAUUUCCCUGGCUUAGUUAGUGCUGCCACCUCCAUGGUGGCUGUUGGUUUACCAGUGAUGGAGAAGUGGGUAUAACAUUUCCCUUAGAUGACUUAAUGGCGUGGGGUAAAGGGAGGCUCAGUUCGGACUCAGAGGAAAGGCAUUUGCUAGGUUCUGCUGUCACCCUUUGGCUGGUCUUUCUUUGCACAUGGGUAGGCUUAGUAACAGAUUGAUAAAGGGAGUGAUGAGGCCGAGGAUAGCACCUCCCCCUUUCACUGGAGAUGUAAAGAGCUGAAAAGCUCUUGAUACCAAGUGUUUGAGAUCAGAAAUAGAACGGGCCAGACUGAGACGCUACAAUUAGUUUUCACCUCUAGGUUCCCAGUUCAAAUCCUGUCCAGGCUGGAGGUGCACAGAUCGUUGCCCUCUGACACUGAAUAAAUACACCCUGGGAAAUGGGUUGGUAGGUUUCAGUCCAGGUCCCAGUGGACCAGGAUGUAUGUACUUCUCCUGCUGGUACCUGCGCUGCCUCAGGCCCAUCACUAGACAGAGGCCCCCACCUCUAGGGUAGUCGUUCAGCAAUCCACAGCAGUGAAUAUACAGCACAAUUUUUAUAAAUUAUUGACAAAUGUAGGCCCAGAUUUUCAGAACUGCCUGUGCAUAUUCGGGUGCCUGAUUGGCACCUGCAUUUACUGUAGUGCCCACACACACAUUCCCUGCUCCCUGUGCGACGGGCCGUUUUUGUCCAUGGAAUUCUGAACCUCAGGGCUUUACAUUUUAAAACUUCACCUUCACCUGCCAAGUCCCAAGUUCAAGGUCUGGUAUUUUCCCCGAAAGAACCGGUGUCAUUACUGAUGGAUAGGGCCUGGUGAUAGGCACAGGAAAGCGCUGUGGUAGAUAUAAGUCAUCCCAUAAACUCCUGCAAAAGAAAGACAGGCCCCUGACCUCAGAGCUUCGCAGGUAAGUUGAAGAGGUCCCCUUUUCAAAUAUUAGGUUUUCAAGUGCAGUCUCAUUUUGGGACCCGCCUAGCCCUGGCAGACGGGCACACAGCAACCGUGCCAAAAGGUGCAAUUGCAGCUGGGUAUCAGUUGGAAUCUUUUCAUAAGAGCAACAUACCUGGGUAUCGCAACUAGAGUAAACGCAGGGAAUUUUUGACCAGGCUGUUAGGGCUUAACAGAGCACAUGAUGGCAGGAGCAAAUCAUCCAUCUGUGUUCCUGAGCCAUCAGAUCAAGGCUUUCAUGUUUAUAGUUGAAUGCUGCUCCCUUCCCAUUGCUCAUUAUCCUACAUGGCUUGUUUUGGGUAUUGCCUCUGGAGCACCUUUCUCCACUGGUCCAGCAACAGGCUCCAGAAACACCAGGAGAAGGUGCACAUCAGUUUCUACCAAUGCUAAGACAAAAUGUAGAAGUGUGCAGAGCUGUUUAUCCUUCUAGGAGCACCUGGGUCUCUUUCUGCCAAUGUAACCCUUUAAGAAUAGACAGCUUUUUUUUUUAUUGAGCUGAAUGUUUAAAAAUUUUAUUUUUAAAAAAAGCUUUAAGCAGCGGUAUUAUACCACAUGACAUUGCAAAGCCAAUUGGAUGCUUGCAUUUGGAGAAGAUGGGAUAAAAGCCAUCUUUGGAAUGUUUAUGGCAAAUACCACUAUUGCAUCGGGACAAAGUGCCACGUCUAAAGGAAUUAAUAAAGCAGAAUAGGUCAUUGCCAGAGCUGGCUGGAGAAUGGCAAUUCCCUCUCAAGACAACUUUUGAGGGUUUGAAAUUUGGUUUUGUUCUGCGUUGGAAUGAAAACAAAACCUUUCCAACAUUUUUGUAAAACAGAAUUGUGUCAAAAUGUCUUUCUUCUGCUCAGAAAGGUCAGAUUUUCAAUUCCGCUCUCUGACCGGAUAGUCCACCCUGGACCUCAGAAACCUUCCACUCAAACAUUUCUUCAGAAUCAGUACAACUAUGUGAAAUGCUUCAGCUUUGACUAAACAGCAUAUUUGGAUGAAAAAAGUUUAUUCUAAAAUGUUCCAGCCAGCUCUAAUCAUCUCUGAAUAUACAUAGUGCUACAGAUAUUAAGAUUUUUCCUUAAUGUCUUGAAUGUCUUGUACUAUACUGGCUCGUGUAUUUUUUUGCUCAUUAAAAUGUGUAUACAG